GCUGAAUACUUUAGACAUAUGCUCAAACCAGUGACGUAGUUUGCUUUGUUCUCUGUGUCUGUGUUGUAUCUUUCUAGCUGACGUUUUGUUUCUAUAUUUUUCUCUCACGAUAAGAAAGUAUUUUGCGUUCAACACAUUGUCUUGUUGCAACAACUUCCACAAUCGUAUUGUAUUUCUGUAAAGUUUCAUUGGCGUAAACUGCAAGAGCAUGCCUCUUGAUAACAGCCAACAGAAAUGGUUACCAUUGGGCUUGAAUCCUCAGGACAUAGCUACCGGGUCCUCUCCUGGAGCUCCUUUCCCGGAACUCGGUAAAAUAUAUGCAUCUGAGUAUCAGUUUCGCUAUCUGCAGCCACCGUUCCAGGCCUUACUGUCCAGUUAUGGAACACAAGUUGCUGCUCAGAGCACACUCAAGUCUUCUCAGAAAAGGUUUCUAGUAUUCGACCAGUCAGGAAACCAGACUCGCUUGUUACAGUGUGGAUCUCCAGUUCGUUUUCCCUCUUUUGUGGCUACUGAUCCAGAGAAAAUUCUCAAUUUUCUAAACCUAGAGAAAGGGUUAAGUAAAGAUCAUGCCAUUCCAGAAAAGAUAUUCCUCCAUGAAGAUCAUGUCAAUGGCGAAGAGAAGGAGUCAGAGAUGCACGAAGACACUGAGGAAAUUAACGCACUACUGUAUUCUGAUGAUGAAGACAAUGAUGAUUGCGAGAGUGAUGAUGAUGAUGAUGAAGUGACGAGCACAGGUCACUCUCCAUUCCCAGUUGAACAACAAGCGUGCAAUAAUAAAACAACAGAAGAAGAAGAACUGGAUGAAACCGAAAGCUGUGGUGGUGAUGAUGGUCCACGUCUCAAAAGGCAGAAAGUACUACUGGACCAUUCGUCAUACAGAGAAGACCUAUCACCAUCACCAUCACCAUCCCCAUCCUUUGUGGUGGGUACCAAGAGUCUCACUAAUCUCAAAAGGUCAUCAGAUGAGAAACUUCAAGAGUCCAACAUCUCAAGCAGCAAUCAAGAAAUGGGUUCUGGUCUUAGCGACGAGGAAGAGACGAGGAAAGACAAGAUCCACACCGCUCUGAGAAUCCUUGAGAGCGUAGUUCCAGGAGCAGAAGGGAAAGAAGCUCUUUUACUACUAGACGAAGCCAUUGACUACCUCAAGCUGCUGAAGCGAGAGUUAACCUCACAACCAAAAGGUUUAAACAACCACUGGUGAAAAACAAUUGGACAAGUAUGGCUGGUUGGUUAAACAGAAGACAAGAGACAAAAGACAAUCAAUGAGAUAAAGAAGAUUCUUUCAAUAUUUUGCAAUUAACGUGCGUUUGAAACAAUUUUAGGUCACGCCUGGUGGCCUAGUGGGACCGUAUCCACACUGUUCAGCUUAGCUGGGUCAAUAGUGAUAUCUCUGCUUUUGGAUUUGGCAUGCUCUCUCUAUAAGAAAAAGGAACAAAAUAGACGUUUACUUUCUUCUGUGCUUUGGAGAGUUGGAGUGGAAUAAAAUUUGAAACAAAAGCAAAGUCUUUGGUGCCUCA